GCUGAACCGAGGGCAGGCGAUUUUAAAGAUGGCGGACGUUAUGCGGGUGAAGUGAGCUCAAGUCGAUUUUCAUUCACCUUGCYAGGGUUUAGCGAAGUUGGUCUUUGAAAUCCAACAUGGAGGAUGAUGAAUACGAGAAUCUGCCAACUGAGCGAAUGUCAGUCCAUCUUGUGGCCGGUGGUAUGGCGGGAAUGAUGGAACAUUGUGUGAUGUACCCAAUCGAUUGUGUCAAGACUCGUAUGCAGAGUUUAAAGCCAAACCCAAAUGCCACCUACAAGAACAUUAUCCAUGCCAUGAGAUGUAUGAUCAAAGGAGAAGGAAUCCUGGCACCUUUGCGUGGUAUCAACAUUGUUGCUUUAGGAGCCGGACCAGCCCAUGCCUUGUAUUUCAGCUCCUAUGAGUAUGUUAAAAAGAUGCUCAAUGGAAAUAACCAAAAAUACAAUGCGCUGUCAUAUGGUAUUGCAGGAACCUUUGCAACUGUCUUUCACGAUGGAGCUAUGAAUCCCAUAGAGGUGAUCAAGCAACGACUGCAGAUGUAUGGCAGCCCAUACCGAGGAGCAAUCCACUGUGCAAGCACAAUUCUGAGAACAGAAGGACUUAGAGCAUUUUACCGGAGCUACACCACACAAUUAUCUAUGAACAUUCCAUUCCAGACAUUACAYUUCAUGGUGUAUGAAUUUGCACGAGAAAAGUUAAAUCCAUCAAGGUCWUAUGACCCAAAGACUCAUGUAAUUGCUGGUGGAACGGCAGGUGCAGUUGCUGCYGCAAUAACAACACCACUUGAUGUUGCAAAGACUUUGUUAAACACCCAGGAAAGCAAUGUUGUUGCUCUUGUUGGUAAAUCACGAGGACAUGUUCUMUAUGUGAGUGGGAUGCUCAAUGCAUUCAGAACUAUUUAUCGAAUGCGUGGGAUUUCUGGCUAUUUUCAAGGACUUCAGGCCAGAGUAAUUUACCAAAUGCCAUCGUGUGCAAUAUGCUGGUCUGUCUAUGAGUUUUUCAAAUAUUUCCUGCACUUAAACCAUGCUGAUGGAGAAUAUCAUGAAAUUUCAGCGACACAAGGAGAACUAUAGUUCUUAAAAUAAACAGUAUUUAUAGAGAAUAAUUUUGAUAGAAACCUKGAACCAAUUCAUUUAUACUUCAUAUGAAACAUGACGAUUUUUUAAACUUUGUGUUACGUGAAACACACUCCAGACACUUUUAGCAAAAUUCUGAUGGGUAGAAGAUUAUUAUAGAAACUAAGUUUUUAGUCCUGAACACUAAGAAUAGAUCAUUUAAUGGGAAUAAGAUAUUGAAAAGGAAAUAUUCUUUAUUUAGAAAAUAAAAAUAAUUCCUCAAAAUU